CGGGAGCCCGGCAGCCCCGAGCGCCGGCUCCGUGCGCCGCCGGGCCUGAGCGCCGAGCGCCGGCUCCGACAUGUCCGGCAAGAUCGAGAAAGCAGAUUCUGAGCGUUCCCAUCUCUCCUCGUUCACCAUGAAGUUGAAGGGCAAGUUUCAUUCACCAAAAAUAAAGAGAACACCCUCAAAGAAAGGAAAGCAAGCUGACCUGACAGUGAAAACACCAGAGAAGUCAGUGAACAAAAAUGUAUCGUGGCUGGAGGAAAAGGAGAAGGAGGUGGUCAGUGCACUGCGCUACUUUAAGACCAUUGUGGACAAAAUGGCAAUUGAUAACAAAGUGUUGGAGAUGCUGCCAGGCUCAGCCAGUAAAGUGCUGGAAGCCAUCCUGCCCUUGGUGCAAACUGACCCACGAAUCCAGCAAAGUUCUGCCAUCUCAUCCUGCUACAGCCGAGUGUACCAGAGCCUGGCCAACCUCAUCCGCUGGUCUGAUCAGGUGAUGCUGGAGGGGGUGAAUUCAGAGGACAAGGAGAUGGUCACAACAGUCAAGGAUGUCAUAAAAGCUGUCCUGGAUGGAGUCAAGGAGCUGGUCAGACUCACGAUUGAAAAGCAGGAGCAUCCCUCUCCCACAAGCCCAGUUAAACCCAGUUUACCAGCAUGUAAAUCUGACAGCCCAUCAGAACUUCCCCUUACAGACAGAGAAAUGGAGAUCCUCAACAAAACAACCAACAUGACUCAAUCCAACGAGCUGCUGACUGACUCCAUGGAUGAAGAAGUUGCACCUCCUAAACCCCCUCUGCCCAGCAUUCGUGUGGCUGAGAACAGCCCUCCACCAGCAUUGCCCCCUAAAAAACGUCAGUCGGCUCCUUCCCCAACCAGAGUGGCUGUUGUGGCCCCCAUGAGCAGAGCUACCAGUGGCUCCAGUUUACCUGUUGGGAUCAACAGACAGGAUUUUGAUGUUGACUGCUAUGCCCAGAGGAGGUUGUCAGGUGGAAGCCACUCCUACGGGGGGGAGUCUCCUCGGCUCUCUCCGUGCAGCAGCAUUGGCAAACUGAGCAAGUCUGACGAGCAGCUCUCGUCGCUGGACCGCGACAGCGGGCAGUGCUCCCGCAACACCAGCUGUGAAACCCUGGAUCAAUCAGAUCACUAUGAUCCAGACUAUGAAUUCCUGCAGCAGGACCUCUCCAACACUGAUCAGAUACCUCCUCAGGGGCCCAGUGUCCUCAGCCCAUUGCCAGAGUCCUUGGGUGAGUCUGGCUCCCCUUUCCAUGGACACACUUUCCAGCUCCCGCAGGGCACCUCCCCUCCAGUGGAACUCUGCAGCCUCUCAGGAGCAGCACAGCCAACAGAGACUCCCCCAGCUUUACCAGAGAAGAAGAGGAGGAGUGCAGCCUCCCAGACUUCAGACAGCUCAGGCUGCAGGGUGUCCUACGAGAGGCACCCGUCCCAGUACGACAACAUCUCCGAGGACGACCUGCAGAGCGCCGUCCUUGUCCCCUCCAUGCCCUUCACGCCCUUUGCUGCUGUUCUGCCCUUCCAGCAAGGAAACUCUUCAGCACCAGUGGAAUUCAUUGCUGAUUUUGCUGCUCCAGAUUCGAACAGUGACCCAGAAAAGCCGCCACCUCUGCCAGAGAAGAAAAACAAACACAUGAUGGCCUACAUGCAGUUUGUGGAAGACUACUCAGAGCCACAGCCCUCCAUGUUCUACCAGACCCCUCAGAACGAGCACAUCUACCAGAAGAAGAACAAGUACCUCAGGGAAGUCUAUGGCAUCAAUGACUCCUUCAUCAGCUUAGACUCCUCUCAAGAUCUGCCACCUCCUCCUGCUCUCCCACCCAAGCAGAGGCAGCUGAGUGAAAACGCCAGUGAGGAGGCUGGUGAGGGUGAAUAUGUCAAUCUGUAUUCCUCUGGCCAGAGCAACGGGGAACUCCCAGGCUCUGAAGGAGAAUCUCCCCCUGUCAAAGAUGGCCACUCCAAAGACUCGGCUUUGAACAGCAGUGCCAUGGGGAAGGAGGGCAAAGAUGGUGCUGAAAGGCAGCCACAGUCACCAGAUGCUUUGGAGUCAUCACAGCUGGAGGAAGAGGUGGAUGAGCUGUCCCUUAUUGACCACAGUGAAAUCAUGUCUAGAUUAACACUGAAGCAAGAGGGGGAUGAUGGGCCAGAUGUCCGUGGUGGAUCUGGAGACAUUCUCUUGGUGCACGCCACAGAGACCGACAGGAAAGAUCUGGUGCUGUACUGUGAAGCCUUUCUGACCACAUACAGGACAUUUAUUACCCCUGAAGAGCUCAUCAAGAAGCUGCAGUACAGAUAUGAGAAGUUUUGCCACUUCCCAGACACGUUCAAGAAGAGAGUCAGCAAGAACACCUUCUUCGUGCUGGUGAGAGUGGUGGAUGAGCUGUGCUUGGUGGAAUUGACAGAGGAAAUCCUCAAGCUGCUGAUGGACCUGGUGUUCAGGCUGGUGUGCAGUGGGGAGCUGAGCCUGGCCAGAGUGCUGCGCAAGAACAUCCUGGAUAAAGUGGAUCAGAAGAAAAUGCUGAGCUAUGCCAACUCCAUCAAACCUCUCGCAGCCAGAGGGGUGGCAGCCAGGCCAGGGACACUGCAUGAUUUCCACAGUCAUGAAAUUGCUGAGCAGCUGACCCUGCUGGAUGCUGAACUCUUCUAUAAAAUUGAGAUCCCAGAAGUUCUGCUUUGGGCAAAGGAACAAAAUGAAGAGAAGAGCCCCAACCUGACACAGUUCACAGAGCACUUUAAUAACAUGUCCUACUGGGUCCGUUCAAUAAUCAUGCUACAAGAGAAAGCCCAGGACCGAGAGAGGCUGCUCCUUAAAUUUAUAAAGAUUAUGAAGCACUUACGAAAGCUGAAUAAUUUUAAUUCCUAUCUGGCCAUUCUUUCUGCACUGGACUCUGCACCCAUCCGAAGGCUGGAGUGGCAGAAGCAAACCUCAGAGGGCCUGGCUGAGUACUGCACCCUGAUCGACAGCUCCUCGUCCUUCCGCGCCUACCGAGCGGCCCUGGCCGAUGUGGAGCCCCCCUGCAUCCCCUACCUAGGCCUGAUUCUGCAGGACCUGACCUUUGUCCAUCUGGGAAACCCUGAUUACAUUGACAGCAAAGUGAACUUUUCCAAGCGCUGGCAGCAGUUUAACAUCCUGGACAGCAUGAGGUGCUUCCAGCAAGUACAUUACGACAUCAAAAGGAACGAUGACAUAGUGUCAUUCUUCAACGACUUCAGCGACCACCUGGCUGAGGAGGCCCUGUGGGAACUGUCCCUGAAAAUCAAACCGCGGAACAUCACGAGGCGGAAAACAGAUCGGGAAGAGAAAACCUAGGAGGAGGGGUGGUGCGAGGAGAAUCGCUCCGCAGAGGCGCCGAGGGCAGCUAUGAGACUGGAGUUCAAUGUUUGUACCUGUCACUGGAUGACACACCCUCCCUCCCAGCUGGCAGCCGUCCCUGGGGGUGGCGAUGCCGGGCGCGGAGGCGCCGGCGCAGCCACCGAGGGCAGAGAUGAGAGAUCGGCCGGUGCUCGCUGCACUCGCCCUCCUCCUCCUCCCGCCCCUCUGUGCCAUGAACCAGCUUUAACCCCGGGGACAGAGCUGUGUGGAAGGAGUGUCCCACGCCAGCGUGUUGCUGGUUUGCUGGCCUGUUGCAUUCAGGAGUACCCUGGCUCUUGUGUCCAUCCAGAGCAGGGGCAGCAGGAGCUCAGCGCCCACUGACUCAUCUCCGGAGCGGCGUCGGGCAGCAGCGGCCGUGGAAGCCAAGGGUUGGAGUCUCCCCUGCAAUGCCACCUUCCCAACGUGUUCAUGAGGAUGGAAGUGUCUCCUGCUGCCUGCCAGAGGAGCUCUGCUUCCAGAGAGCUGCUUGUGUUUACAGGGGUCUCGGCUCACCCCAGAUCUCUGGCGCCUUCUUCACGGGAAGAAGGCACCGGUCGUAGAUACAGAAGAGGCACUGAGAAUGUGGGCAGGGACCCGCCAUCUCCAGUCAUCACACCCCCCUCCUCCUCUCAGAUCUCGUUAUUUAAGCAACAGAAAAUCCCUCUGAACCUGGAAACACGGACUGCCCAGGUACUGGGGGUCACCUGCCUGUGCCCCCGUGUCUCUUAGCGAUGGUACUUAGCUUUUGCACAGGAAAUGCUGUAGGAUGCAGACUGUACAUACCUAGUGUUUAGAACCCCCUGGGGAUUUUUGAUGCAUGUCUGAAUACCGAUGAGUUUAUAGGAAAAAAAAAAAAAAAAGACAAGUGCAAACCAGUCUGUAUAAAAUCCACAACCAGUGACAAUGUUGUUCCGAGUGCUGGAUCAAGGAGGCUCGGGGCAGCCAGGUGGGCACUGGCUGCAGAGCAGGGCCAGGAGCCUCCUGAAGGAGCCAAUUCUGGGUUGGAAGUGGGAACCAGGAAAGAGCCCUGUGCCCAGCUGAGCCACCCUGCCCUCCCACCCACUCCUCUCUCCUCUCUCUGUUGCCAAAUGUUUUUCUCUGGGGGUCCCCGUUGGGACCCUCAGUGCUGUGCUUUGAGAGCUGUGUUUUGACAGGACCCCCAGCAAGUCCCUGUCCUCAGUCCUGCCAUGCUGGUGCCAGCAGGGCAGGGACAGCCCAGCAUGGAAGGGCAAGGCAAGGGUGUCAUUUCCCACACACAGUGUUAACCCCAAUCUGUUCAGUGUGCCUUAUUCAGCCCUUCUGUCUCCCCUCUGUGUCCCACCACAUCCCUCCUCUCUGUCCUGCUCCAGUGGUUUGCAGUUGGAUCAUGGGUGUGAGUGUGCCCUGUAGGUUUCAGCAGCCUUGCCAGGCCCUCCUCAGCUCCCUGUCACGUGGUCAUGGGUUUUUACAUGGUUCUGACAAAAUCCUGCACCUUUAGGGCAGCAGCUCCCAAGGAAUACAGACACGGAGUUUCACAGAGCAUCCUUAACUUAUUUCUCAAUAGCAGCUCUGUUUGUUCUGGGUGAAUCAGAGCUGCCCUCCUUUCCUUCUCCAAACAGAUUGCAAAGCCUUGGCAGCUCUGCCUGGCUCUCAGGAGAGAGUGACAGCCCAGGGUUUUACCCUGCUUGGUUAUUUUCCUGAAGACUCAGGCACAAGGCUCACACAGUGGCCAAGCACAGAGAGACCCCCCCCGCCCUGCCCCUGAGGGCAUCUGGGAGAGGGGAGUGUGGGGUCCAACAGUCUGUGCAGCCCCAGAGCAGGAGGAGCAGGAAUUCUUCAUGCUGAACCACGGUGUCUGAGCCAGAACCCUUCAGAAGUGGUUUAUUUUCAUGGCACUGAGGGCAUUGGAGCUGUGUUCUGUCCAGCCAAAGCUUUGCAAUCCCUAAAGGCUUCCCAGGAAGUAAUAUCCACGUUUCCUUUGUAAAUAAGAUCUUUUAAAAGCCCAGUGUGGUGAAAAGGGUGAUGAAUACACCCAGGAUGUGGUGUGGGCUUCACCCUGGUGGCUCUGAGCAGCCCUUGGGUGCAGUGGCCAGGCUGUCCUGGGAGGGCUGUGUGUGCUGGUGGCUCUGGAAUCACAGCCCUGGGGGUUCAGAGGGACAGGAGGGGCCAGCCUGUCUUCAUCCAGCUGAGUGACCAUGUUACCUGAGGGGUGAGCACGUGGCUCAUGGCUUGGGCACCCCAAAAAUGGCAGUGACUGGGGUUCCACAGGGCUCCACCCCUGGCCCUGUGCUCUUCAGCAUCUUCACUGACAACCUGGACACAGGACUGGAAGGGAUACUAAGGAACUUUGCUGACAACACUAAAUUUGGGCACCAUGAUAUAAAGAAGAUAUUAAGCUAUUAGAGAGUGUCCAAAGGAGGCCACAAGGAUGGGGAAGGGUCUGGAGGGGCCUCGUGAGGAGCAGCUGAGGGCACUUGGUUUGUUCAGCCUGGAGGAGACUGAGGGGGGACGUUGUGGUCUUCAGCAGCCUCACAAGGGGCAGGUGCACAUCUCUUCACCUGUGAGCAGUGACAGGACCUGAGGGAACAGCUGCAGCUGUGGCAGAGAGGUUUAGGUUGGAAAUCAGGAAAAAGUUCUUCCCUCAGAGGGUGAUGAGGCACAGCACCAAGCCUGUCUGAGAUCAAGAAGAGUUUGGACAGUGCUCUCACGUGGUGGGAUUUUUGGGUUGUCCUGUGCAGGGUCAGGAGUUGGACUCGGUGACCCUGAUGGGUCCCUUUCAAGUCAGCAAGUUCUGUGAUCCCCCAACCAGCAGGAGCCGUUUCCAGGUUCUUCCCUGCACUUGAGCCCACCCAGCCCAGUGAGCACCAAAGGAGGUCUUGGUCUCUGCCCUCUGCCAAGCCCCCAGAGCCUCAGCCCAUGGCGUGGGGAUGGGAGGUCCGAGUGCCCCCAGCUUUCCUCCCCCUUCACCCCUUCUUCUGUCAUCUCCAGCUGAACAGUGUCCCAACCACAGCUCCUGGCUCAUGUCCCACCCUCAAGCCAGGCUCUCAGGGCUGGAGGGACCCUAGAGGAGGGUCCCCUUGCCUGGAGCAGCUUCAGGUUUGCUGACCAGAGACCCCCCCCCCCUUCCAGGAGCAGUCCCUGGGGAGCAGAAACCCAGAAUAUCCUUGUGCAAGACUGGCUGUGAGUGUGUUCCCGUCUUGCAGGCAGCAUCCUCAAGGCCAUCACCUCUUUUUGGGGAGAGGGAAGAGUCUGAGUGCCCUCUCCAGAUGGGGCAGGGAGUGGGGAGAAGUGAUGCCCCCAGUCACCAGCCCCCUGCCCCAGGCCUCUCCCCCAAGCCGUUCCGUUGUAUUAUAGAUUUACCACUAACCCCCAUGGUGGCAUCUUCCUGCAAACAUUUCAGACCUGUAACUUUUCUAUUAAAGACAAAUAAAACACCAGUAACGAGCCUGCCUGCCUGAUGAUCCUGUUUACAGUGCAUGCACAGUCUGUGGAUUAAAGUGACAAUCGAAUCCGC